AUGCUGGAUACGGGUGUGAUUGUCACGUUGGCAGCGCUGGCCACAGUAAGUUUUACAUUAAUUACAUUUGUCAUAUAAAUAUAUCAGUCUGUCGGGAAAUUAAUGAGCACUCUGUCGUAUGGAUUUCAGGUAUCCUCGGCGAUCGCUCCACUCCAGGUCACAUUAGAAGGCGGUGUUCCCGACCGCAGCUUCCGUUAUGGCCCAUUCCAUAAGAGAAUACAGAAUGAAUCCAAUUUCAACGAAUUCUGCCGCAACUACCCCAAACUUUUAUCCGAAAUGAGCCGAUCCGCCGCCGACGAAUGGGUACGGUCGUUCUGCAAGCGGGCUGGAGAGCAGGCCGCUUGUGACGCCUAUUACAAGUUGAAUGCUGUGAGAGAGCAGGUGGUGGCGGCAACGAUUGCGGACUUCAGCAGGAAGAACAAAUGGACCGCGGAAGAUAUCGCAUUGAUGAAGAGGGUUCAGGUGAGUCAAGUUCAAACGGGAAUAACGCAAGAAUUAUGGGCAGAUUUUGGUGAAACUUGAGGAAAAUUAAGAUUAGGGCUUCUUAUAUAUCUGCAAAAAAUCUUAGCUCACGCUUUGCAGAAAUCAUAGAGAUUUUUAGAUCGAAAAAUGCAGAAAAUUAGAAAAAUUUUUUUUUGCGGUUUUCGUUACGGAAAUUGGCGUUUUGUAUAUCAUGUGGAGCGUAAAAUUUCCACAAAAAAAUUCAAUUCAUAUCGCACAAAAUUAGCAAAGACACAGCCAAAAAAAAGAGUUUUCUCUGACUGUCCCUCCUCAUUUCCCACGGUCCCUCGUUUGCAAAAAUAGUUGAAUAUCUCAUCCGACACUUCAAAGAAUGUGUUAAAAAUUGCGAAAAAUAAUCUCUGUCUUAUGCCUCCCGAGAUAUUCAGCAAUCAUUGCAGACGAGAGAUAAUGGAAAAUGAGGAGAGACCGUCAGAGAAAAAGAAACUUUCGGCCAUAUCUUUGCGAAUUUAACUGCGAAUAACUUAAUUUUUUGCUGAAAUAGUGUAUCUUUACUUAUAAAAAGCCCUCCAAGGGGCCAUUUUUAAUUAUACAUCAUAAGGGACAUUUUAUACGACGAAACAUGUUUGGUCGUAUAAAAUGUCUCCGCACGUUCGGUCAAAGGAAAACCACAGGUUUCUUAAAGGUUCAUCAAAAUCUAAGCAAUUUCCUCUUCAAUCUUCUAUAUUACCCUUCAUUCUAUAGGUCUACCGCAACGACAUGUGCCUCUCGGUCGAAGAGGAAUGUCUCAUCACCAACGGCUUGAAAGAGACGUUGACCAACGACCAGCGACACCGAAUCUGGCCGAACCGAGAGGAUUGCGACUUCAAGGCUAAGCAUCUGGUGCCCAAUUUCAAGAUCCGAUCGUGUUUUGGGCCCGCCAAAGUGGGCGGCAUGUAUUCACGAAUUCGAUCGUAA